AUGAAUUAUGGCGUGGAGAAGCUGAAAUUGAAAUAUUCGAAGCAUGGGUGUAUUACUUGCAAGAUCAGAAAGAAGAGAUGCUCUGAAGAUAAACCUGUGUGCCGGGACUGUCGUCGAUUAAGUUUUCCCUGUAUCUAUAUAUCAGAAUCUGUUGAUAAGCAGUCUUUGAAAAAAAUAAAGGCAGAUAUACAGCACCAGUUGAUCAGCAAGAAAAGAAAGCAUGCUCCUGACAGUGCUCAGAAAGCGGCCGUGGCCACCCGUACUCGACGGGUCGGUAGCGACGAACAGGAUAACCAGGUAUAUUUGUCAAAACCGCUGGAAGAUUGCAUUUCUCAGAAGCUGGACUCUAUGGGAUUGCAGCUGUACAACUACUACAGGUCUCACCUUGCAAACAUAAUUUCCAUCGCGCCCAUGAACCAGAACUACUAUCUGAACAUUUUCUUGCCAAUGGCCCACGAGAAUGAUGGUAUAUUGUUUGCUAUUCUUGCUUGGUCAGCUAAUCAUUUGUCUAUAUCAUCAUCAAAUGAGCUGCGAAAGGAUGAAAUAUUUGUCAACUUGGCGAACAAGUAUACAUACAUGUCGUUAUCGCAUCUAAAGACAAACGAGGGCUCAAGUGCCUGUGCUAAACUGGGGUUUCUAUAUUCACUAGCACAAAUCCUAAUCUUAUGUGGUUCAGAGAUAUGUCAGGGUGAUGUGAAAUUUUGGAAGAUAUUAUUGAAUAUAGGAAAAAAUUUGAUCGAAAACCAUGUGGGCAAGGAUGUCUCACGGAUACUAACCACUACUACAGAAGAACCCUCCCUAGAGGAGAGGAUAAUCUUCCCCAAUUUCAAUUCCGUUGUUAAGUACUGGCUGAUUGUGAAUUUUAUAUAUCAUGAUAUUUUGAAUUUCAAUACAACGUCCUUCCCGAUCGAACAAUACGAGAAAUUCUUCCAAAGGGAUCAGAACUCUUUACCCAGCUCAGCCAACUUUAUUGAGUCAAUAGACUCGCCAAUUGAGGAAAUAGACCCUUUAAUUGGCAUCAACAAGCCUAUUUUACUACUAUUGGGACAAGUCACAAAUUUGACGAGGUUUUUGCAGACUAUGGAACAGGAAGAAAUGCUAGAGCAUGGCGAUAAAAUUUUGAGUUUGCAAGUCGAGAUUUAUAAAUUACAACCUUCGCUUAUGGCGCUGGAACAUUUGGAUGAUGAAAAGAAAUUUUACUAUUUAGAACUAUUCGAGAUAAUGAAAAUUUCUACCUUAAUGUUCUUUCAAUUAACUUUAUUAAAGAUUGACAAAGAUUCGCUGGAACUACAGAUACUGAGAAACAAAUUGGACUCGAAGCUAGACAAGGUCAUCGGAACUUUUUUGGAAGGAUCGUUAUGCUUCCCACUUUUCAUUUACGGUGUAUGCAUUCAGGUAGAAGAUAUGGAGAAAAAAAUAGAUUUGGAAGCCAAAUUUGACGACAUUUUAAAACGAUAUAAAUGUUACAAUUUCCAAAAUGCUAGAUUAUUGAUACGGAAAAUUUGGCAAAACGAGGCUGAUGGCAUCAGUGAGCAUGACCUGGUCCACAUGAUUGACGAAUUAGAUUACAAUAUUAAUUUUGCCUGA